ACAUACCAUCCCUGGGACCCGGAGACCGGGUAUUACCCUGAGAAGGGUUUUACAGUCAAGCAGAUCUAUGAGCGGUCCUGGCGGAAUCGAGAAAAACCAGUUGAUGUCCCAGACUUCAAGAACGAAAUUUCCUGCUUUUGUCAUGAAAGCCACAACUCUGCCGAUUUUCCAGACAUUUCUGUGUACUGGAUUGAAGAUUGGGGAAACAAUCCGGCCUACGGUGAAGACUCAUUCAACAGAGUCAAGGGGACAGAGGCCAUCUGCCGGGCUGAGGCUGCCCAUCUCGGUUUUGAUGCCGUGGUGAUUCGUGCUGGUCUGCACAACAAAAGAAACCAGCAUGAUGCCUUUGGAACUAUCAGGACCAAGAACGAUCCCCGCUCUGGACGCAUCGUCAAUGACACCACAGAUGCCGACUGGCAUCUGACGGUGUUCAUGGGUUACGACGUGGAUAAUCUGGUCAUACAUGGCCGUGUUUACCUUGUGUGGGACCACAAGGCGAUGUUUGGGAUGCGCAUCGUCAAGGAUGCCAGCGAGCGCAAACACCUCGCGCCGAACGAGAAGCCCAGUGCCAUCACUUACCACUGGACCCUGUGCUAUUUCACAGGUAUUUGCCCUCAAGUCUCAUGCCUUCUCAAUCCACGGGAUAGAUGACUGGGGCCUCAACACCGACCAUGACAGCAACCCAGAUCUGGUGAAAGCCACCGAGAGGAUCUGCCGUGCUGAGGCCGCGCGCCUCGAACUGAACGCUGUUGUGAUUCGCACCGGAUUACACAACAAGAAAAAUCAGCAUGCCCCUGACGGGACCGUGCUGACUUCCACUUACGAGGACACACGCACCGGCCAGACUAAGAACGACGUUACGAAUGCCGAUUGGCAUUUUACGGUGUACAUGGGGUAUGAUGAGGAGAACCUCAUCAUCCAGGGUCACAUCUAUGUGGCCUGGGAUCCCAAGGUCAUCUUUGGCCUACGGAUUAUGAACAACCCAUUGGUGGAGCGCAAGCACG